AUGACCGUCUUCAUUGCGUCCCUCUUCCUGCCCUAUACGGUCAACUUCCAUGUCAACAAUGGGCGUCACCGAUCUCCCCCAAUCGGCCCUCCAUCCGCGAACCCCGCUGUCGAUGGAAUCACUCCCAACCCUCCUCAUGCCGCCGCAAGCUUGUUCGAAAAGAACAAUCCAACAAAAACACCUGGGAUGACCCCUGGUGCCACUACAGAUCAUGAGCGCAUCUUUGCUUCAAGCGUUGCUCAGGCGGAGGUAGAGAGGACCGGGUAUCCGUUUCCUGCGCCUGCUGAGCAAGAGAAUCAGCUUCUUACGGAGAGUGAAGGGCAUUCGCCCGCAUGGGGGUCUACCACUUCACUCAUACAGCCCAAGGCAAAGCCGCUAGUUUCUCCAUCACCUUCUAUCCUCAAACACCAAGAUCCCCCUGUUGCCAAGGAACCAGUCUUGUCGCGCGCUCCGGAUGCCCAACCUGCCCCUCCAUCCGGACAAAGAUGGACCCAAUUUGCGAACCGGAAAGUGUCAUUUUCCAAGGCUGAGUGGACGAUCGAAACUGCUGAACAGGGAAAUGGUGGUUUGAGAAAUGCCGUGCGAUCUGCAACGGAUGCUGGAUUCCUGGAUCAGAUGAUGUGGGUAGGCACCCUAGGAAUGCCGACUGAUGCCUUGGCAAAGUACACUUGGAAAGAUAUUGCGGAAAAGCUGGAGGAUGAGUAUGGCUCUCUGACUGUUUGUGUGAGCGACGGCGACUUUGACGGCCACUACACACAUUUCUGCAAAACUAUCCUCUGGCCAGUAUUUCACUACCAGAUUCCGGAUAACCCAAAGAGCAAGGCCUAUGAAGAUCACUCUUGGAUCUAUUACGUCAAGCUUAACCAGGCGUUUGCGGAGCGCAUUGCGAAAGACUGGAAGCGAGGCGAUUCAAUUUGGGUCCAGGAUUAUCACUUGCUACUGGUUCCAGCUAUGCUUCGCAAGCUGUUGCCAGAUGCGCAAAUUGGUUUCUUCUUGCACAUUGCUUUCCCAUCAUCAGAAGUUUUCAAGUGUUUGGCCCCUCGCAAGGAACUCCUCGAGGGUAUCUUGGGUGCCAACCUCAUUGGUUUCCAGACAGAUGAGUACUGCCGACACUUCUUGCAAACCUGCAGUCGGAUCCUUUGCGUGGAAGCGACACCUGAAGGUAUCCAGCUAGAAGACCGGUUUGUCAACGUGGGCACAUUCCCUAUUGGCAUCGAUCCAACCUCUUGGGACAAGCGGCGUCAAGCGACGGACGUGGAGCGUUGGGUUGAUACAAUAUCGGAACGUUAUCAAGGAAAGCAUCUCAUCGUUUCGCGCGACAAGAUAGAUUCUGUCCGAGGCAUUCGCCAAAAGCUUCUCAGCUAUGAGCUUUUCCUGAACACAUACCCAGAAUGGGCUGAUAAAGUGGUAUUGAUCCAAGUCGCGACUAGUACUACAGACCAACCUGAUUUGGAGGCAACUCUCUCUGAUAUUGCCAUGCGAAUCAACUCCAUGCACUCGACUCUCGCCCAUCAACCCCUUGUUUUCCUUAAACAAGACCUGGCUUUCCCACAGUAUCUCGCCUUAAUCACUGUGGCGGAUGCUUUGAUGAUUACCAGUCUGCGCGAGGGUAUGAACUUGACCAGUCACGAAUUCGUCUAUUGCCAGGACGGGCGGUACGGCGACAAGGCAUAUGGAUCACUGAUUCUUAGCGAGUUCACUGGAAGUGCGUCUGUCUUUGGAAACCAUGCUCUUUUGGGUCAACCCAAAGAACGGAAGCAGGUGUGGGAGGAAAUGUUCCGUGCAGUCUUGCAAAAUUCCACUGCCAACUGGGUUAAGUCAUUCAAUGAAACUCUUGCGAAAGUCUGGAACGAGCAGUCCUCUCGAGAGAUUAUGGCCGUCCCACGGUUGUCUGUAUCUCGACUCACUGAGCAGUAUCGACAGUCGAAACGACGACUCAUGAUCCUUGAUUACGAAGGAACACUAGCCUCAUGGGGGUCCCCACGGAGCAUCAUUCUGACCACACCGCAGCGCGCAAUUACCACUCUGACCGAGUUGACCGAUGACCCUGCGAACGAGGUCUACGUCAUGAGUUCCCGCAUGCCCGAAGAAAUGGAACGUUUGUUCCGACAGGUCAACAAUCUAGGCCUCAUCGCGGAGAACGGGUGCUUUGUGCGUGAGCCGCAAGCUGAUGUGUGGACCCAUCUCGCAGAUAAGGUGCACGUCAAGGCAUGGAAAGAAUCAGUAUCCAACAUUCUGGCUUACUUCCAGGCUCGCGUGGAAGGCAGCUGGAUCGAAGAGCGUCAUUGCUCUCUCGUUUUCCAUCACGGGUCCGCAGAAGACCGUCACAUUGCUGCCCGCCUUGCUGCCGAAUGUGCAGGAAAUAUCAACGAUGCCUGCGCUAACCAGGGCGUGCACGCAAUUCCCGUUGAGGGUGCUUUGAUUGUGGAAACUACACAUACUAACAAGGCAUCUGCGGCCGCGUUGGUCUGGAAGUGGUUCCUUGAACAUGAUGAGAGAACCAAAGAAGCCGCCAAGCCCGAUUUCUUACUUGUUGUCGGUGACAACCGUGAUGACGAGCCUGUUUUCCGAUGGGCCAACAAAUUGCAGCGGUCCAAGGCUGUCGAGUAUGCUAUGACGAUUACCUUGGGCUCGCGCAGCACCGAGGCGAAGGCGACCCUGACUCAGGGUGUAACCGGUGUUCUUUCUUGUCUGCAGCAAUUGGCUACCCCGGGCCCGGGGGAUGGAACAUCACUGCCACUGCGUCAGGUUACUUGA